CUCCAACUCCAAACCCAACGACAAUGACUUCGCGGAGCUCGUAACGCUAUCUCCUCUUCCUGCGCCCACCUUAACGAUCUGUGUAUAUAUCGUCUGGCCAAACAAAAGACAAAUAUGAUCACGCGACAACCCCAAACCACCUCCUCCAUCCUCACAACCCUCCUUCGACCAUUAACAUCUGCGUCAAUUCCACAAUCUUACAUCUGCACACCAUGCCGCCGUCAAUUACACCGCGGUCUCCCUGAGAACGGCCGCGUUCCCCCUCCCACACCUUUCGUCCCGGACGUCCCUACAUUCCUCAAACUCGUUGGCCGAGAGCUGUCAAAGCACGAGAGUAAAAUUGGAUCCUGGGAGGAACUGUUCACUUUGACAUCACAACAACUAAAGGAGCGAGGCAUCGAUCCUCCUCGCACGCGGCGGUACCUGCUACGAUGGCGAGAGAAGUUUCGAAAAGGAGACUACGGGAUUGGUGGUGACUUGGAUUAUGUGCAGGACGGUGUUGCCGAGCUAAGAGUCGUUGAAGUGCCGAGUCUAAAGAAGGAUGCACGCACAGGAGAGCCCGUGUCGGACGAAGUCAGUCUGAGCAGGACACCUGGGAUGCAAAAGCUGAUUGUCAAUGUGCCGAACGGGUCGACGACUUACGCAUUAUUACCGGGCCAGACCACCGCGGACCUGAAGAAGCCUGCGGGAUUCAAGCUGAAAAACGGAUACAUCAUCAAGGGCAAGCAAGUGCAUCCGAUGAAGGGCACCUACGGCAGUGGAGCCAUCCUGAAAGCGGUCGAGGGGCUCUGGGAGCAUAAGAGAGGCCACAAGGUGCACGGUGGCGAGAGGAGAAGAGCGGAGACGCUGCACAAGAUGAGGGUGGAAGAGAGCAAAAAGAACAGAUAGCUAGGGUGUAGACCAGGUCACCUUGCUCUCUGAUUGCUCAUAUGUACAAUGUAAUAUUAGAUGGGCAAACAAAACAACGGGGUUGAGUCUGUCUUGCUGGAAGACUGGUUCUAUACAGAACUUCUAGUGUAUAGCUUUAAGUAGCAUGGCGAGCACAAUGAGCUACGGCACUGCGGAUCGAAGCAUACCUUGGUCAGCACCAUGGAGCCUUGCCGCCAUGGUCAAUUCCAGCCAGUAAACCAGAUCGUAGAGGUGUCCAAGGAUAGGUAUGGAAAACUAGCCCACGCUCGAUCUGUAUUAUUGCCGGAGAUACUGUAUAGUUACUAGAGUAGGCUCGAUUAUAUCAGAUGGAUUGACUAAG